AGAAUUUCUAUAGUAGAAAACGGACUUAAUAGAACUAGUUUCACCGCGCUAUGUUCAGUUCCGCGAUGCAUCUUUUACUGUUCAUAUUUGUGCUAACAAUUCCUUCACUGGAAGCUCAAGACACGGAUCUUGCUAAUGCCGUAGCUGGUAUUCUGCUCAAAAACUACCAAGACCCGUUUGCUCCAGCACUGCUGUCCCAGGCCUUCGUUUCCGGUAACAACUCGCGAAUCCAGCAAGACGACCUGCUGAACUCCAUCAUAAGCGCUUUGGACGGGAAGAUCACCAUCCGCUUCAAUGUCCCUUCGAGAAAUCCACUGCGUAGACCGUGGACGCACCACGUUUGGCUCGUUGACAGCUACGAAGCCUUUGGACGCUUGUACGGUGCACUGGACGUCGACAGUUACGACUACUCCGGCCGGUACCUAAUCGUGCAUAGUGGCGAUCCGAAGCGGGCAGAGCUCCUGCAGAUUUUCGAAGAUCUGCUGAAACAGCAAAUUGUCAACGUAGUCUUUGUUGGUGUGUUUGAGGGCAAGGUCGAGCUGUGGACGUACGUUCCGUUUGCUCCUGGGAGUUGUUUUGCUGUAAAUCUCAUAAUGCUGCCGGACGAGCACUGGAUCGAUGACUUUUAUCCGGACAAGACUUCAACGUUGCACGGAUGCGGCUUAAAGGUGGGUGCUUUCGAGACCAGACCGUACACCUUUCUGGAAUAUCUUCCGAGUCAGGAGAUGGUUCUGGGAGGAUUCGAGGGUGACUUGCUGGAAGCGAUACGAGAAAAGCUGAACUUUAAGGUUACAGUGCUUGUCCCGCCGGGGAACGCCCAAUGGGGAUACGCUUUCAAGAAGAAUAGUACUGGAAUGAUGAAGAUGAUUCAGGAGGAGGAGGUCGACCUUGGGAUAGCUUGUCUUGGAAUUUCUACGGCACGAAACGAGAUUCUGAAGCCGGGAGAUGUGCAUUACACGACGGCUUUGGUCAUUUCGGUACCUCCAGGUCGCCCGUAUACAUCGUUUGAGAAGCUAUUUCGUCCGUUUCGAUUGGUAGUAUGGAUGGCCCUAGCUUCGGUUCUAGUCGUUGCUCUGAUUACAAUAGUUGUCGUGCAUCGGAUGAAUCAUCAGGUGAAAUACUUCGUAUUUGGUAGAGGCGUUGGAUCAGCUGUCGUCAACCUGUACUUAAGUUUCUUCGGAAUGGCUUUGCACGUUGUCCCUAGUGGAACGUUCGCCCGAACCUUACUGUGUCUAUGGAUUCUGCACACAUUUGUUAUAAGAACAUUAUACCAAGGGUCUAGUUUCAAGUAUCUACAGCUUAGCUUGACACGACCACCGUCACGAACGCUGAACGAUGUCGACGCAACUGAUGCCCUCUACCACGUGAUUGACGUUGGUGCCCGCUACUACGAAGCGUUUCCGGAACGAACGAAAAGGCUACGAUUCCUACCACCAGUAAGGGACAACCUAGCGGCCCGUUUGAUGUGGAUGACUCAACACCAGGACAGUCCGGACGUAAUGAUGAGCGGCCUCGAUCACGUGGCGUACCACAACCGACAGUACCGAAGACGUCCCGGCGGUUUCGUCCGGAUUGCCAAGGAAAGUAUCGCUGUGUUUACGAUCGCCAUCUACUACCCGAAGAAGUCGAUGCUGACGCGGCAGUUUAAUCGGCAGAUUCGGAGGUUUCUAGCGGCCGGGCUGAUGGACUACUGGGUACAACGAUACGGUGACUACGACUUUACGGAACAGAUCGAUGGAUCAGCUGGGCCGAAACCGCUUAGCCUUGGCCAUCUGGUGGGAACGUUUGAGCUGUGCGGGGUUAUGAUGAUAGUUAGUAUUCUUGUGUUUUUGGGGGAGUUGGCUUUGGUUAAGUAUUUUCCGAGGAAGCAAAAACGAAAAUGCUUGCAGAAGUGGCUUUAGAGUGAGAAGUUAUGUUUCGUUUUGCCUUCCUCACCUGUUUGGAAAAUGAACUUUUUUUUAAUUAUCGACUCACAAUCUAAAACUGAACAAAUGUCUUUGUGUACGUAUGUGACCAAUUUGUUACUCAGCUUUUUCAGCACUAGCUGAACCGAUUUCCGUCAAACCAGAUGCAUUCGACUUUUUUUAAGGUCCCAUACUGCCGCUCUAAUCGAGUCCGUCCCGUAUGUAAAAACAGCAAGCAGAGAAAAACGCAUGUCAAUUUUGUCCCGCCCAUAAGGCUACGUGUUAGAAUUUCACAAAAAAGUGGAUUUUCUCCGGUUUUCUAGAACAAAGCACUAAAUUUUAUUGGCUUUUCUGAUAGUUUACAUGAUUUCGAACCAAACUGCAUCAUUACUUCAAAGUUGACGAAAUUACAUAUGGACGGAUUAGCUUUGAGUGGCA